CCCAGUCGUGACUCGUGUACAUCCCUAGUUGUUUUAAAAUGCCGAUUGUCGAUGAGCAUUGAGCAUUGAAGUGAUAAUUUUAAUUACCUACUCUGCAUUCCCUAAAGUUCUUGCUGCAGUGACUUAAAUUAAAUGCAUAUUAAGCACAAUUGUUCAAGAUCCAAAAGUAUCUGAUUGUGUCAGGAAAUACCACCAACAAUCAAGAUGUCCAGCGAAAACAAAAAUUUUUCGAAUCUAGAAACACCGGGCUAUGUUGGUUUUGCCAACCUUCCAAAUCAGGUGCAUCGUAAAUCUGUCAAAAAAGGUUUUGAGUUCACAUUAAUGGUGGUCGGUGAAAGUGGGUUGGGCAAAUCCACACUGGUGAACUCUCUAUUUCUGACUGACUUGUAUCCUGAGAGAGUCAUACCUGAUGCUACUGAGAAGACCAACCAAACCGUAAAAUUAGAUGCAUCAACUGUGGAAAUUGAGGAAAGAGGAGUAAAACUCCGUCUGACUGUGGUGGAUACGCCUGGCUAUGGAGACGCCAUUGACAACACUGACUGCUUCAGGUCAAUAAUUCAAUACAUCGAUGAGCAGUUUGAACGAUUUUUGCGCGACGAAAGUGGACUCAAUCGUCGUAACAUAGUCGACAACCGAAUUCACUGCUGCUUCUAUUUCAUUUCCCCAUUUGGACAUGGACUGAAGCCACUGGACAUAGAAUUUAUGAAACAAUUGCACAACAAGGUGAACAUAGUUCCAGUCAUUGCUAAGGCUGAUUGUCUCACUAAGAAGGAGGUGCAGCGUCUUAAGACCAGAGUUUUGGAAGAGAUAGAAAGAGAAGGUAUCAAAAUCUACCCACUGCCUGAUUGCGACAGCGAUGAAGAUGAAGACUACAAGGAACAGGUCCGUCAGCUAAAGGCGGCGGUGCCGUUCGCGGUGUGCGGCGCGGGCCAGCAGCUGGAGGUGCGGGGGCGGCGCGUGCGCGGCCGCCUGUACCCCUGGGGCGUCGUCGAGGUCGAGAACCCCGAGCACUGCGACUUCAUCAAGCUGAGGACUAUGCUCAUCACGCACAUGCAAGAUCUACAAGAGGUCACGCAAGAGGUUCACUACGAAAACUACCGGUCCGAGAGACUCGCGCGCAACGGACAAGUUCCCAAGCGACAUACCUCAACUGAGAGCGGCCUGAGCGAGACAGACUCUAACGGCGUCAUGAACGGCUCCAAUGAGGAGGAGCGCGACAGAGCACUGCGGGAAAAGGAGGCGGAGCUGCGGCGCAUGCAGGAGAUGCUAGAGCAGAUGCAGCGCCAGAUGCAGAUGCAGGCCGCCGCCAACACCGGCGCAUAGUGGACGGCCACGCCACAGUUGGAUGCGGUUCAACUGUCAUCGGCGUGCGGCGUGUUCGGGCGACUACUGCGGGCGCUGCCCUCCUGCGCCGCCGAGACCUAAGUCGGUAUUGCAGAUUGCUCUCUCACUCGUCUCUAUACGUUACUAAUGCCCAGUUUCUGAGUUUUUAACUGGAUCUAUUCACUAUCGCUUUUGAUUGGCUCGCGUAAAAUUAACCAAUCAACAACGACAAAAAACAACAAAUCAAAAAAAUUCAGAAACCAGACAUAAGUUGUACUUAAGUUAACCUCAAACUGGUAAUGUAAGGUUAUGUUCUCAGAUGAGUUUACCGUACACACAUGACAGACAAUACUUAGAUUUUGCUACGCGAAGAAUGUUUUUUUUUUUGUAAUUUUACUAUGAUGUUGUAGCUAACGUACAGCCAAAAAUAGUGUUCCAUAAUAUAUUGACAUAAUAUUUUCUAGAUAUCACUGCGAUAUGCAAACUUCUAACAAAUACUUAAGAAUAGCACCUUUGUAAAAUCUCCCAUUUAAAAUCUCGGUAUUGUAAGCACGCCAAAAGAUCUGAGAGUAUACUUUUCGUCUCGAAUACUUAUAUAAAAAAAAAAAGAUACAUACAGCCGAACGUAUAACCUCCUCCUUUUUGGAAGUCGGUAAAAACUGUAAGUUAAGUUUGAAAGAUUGAAACAAAAAUAUUUUAUUGUAUUCAUGACAUAUCUAUUCCUAUAUGUUCCUAUAUCAAAUGUAUUAUAUAAUUUGCCGUUUAGUAUUAUUUCUAUAUUAUAAUAUUUUCGUGUACCAUCGUCAUCCUAUAUCAUAAUAUUUUAAAAGCGAAGUAUAUAAUGUGAAAGUGUAUGUUAAUAUUAUACUAACCUCCUUUUUCUUUUCAUUGACUAUAAUAGUCUUUCUCCAAAUUGAAUAGGACAUAAGUUUAAACUUGUAGUUUCAAAACUUCUAUCUUAGUCUGAUAAUGAUGGAUUAUUGAAGAAUCUUGCAUUACAUAAAGUAUAAUAUGUAAUGCACUAAAUAUUACCUAGCAAAAUGGAAAAAUAAGAACGUAAAAACUCGGCCGUCUUGUAGCCUCUACCUUAGCUAUUACAGGUUAUGGAAUAAUCGUAUGUCCAUGAAAAAAACCGAGUAUUAAUACAAUAACAAGUAUAUUUAAGCAUAAAAAACAAGGUAGGCCUGAUUUUGAUCAUGUUCGACGGCCGGACUAAAAACA